AUGGCUCAACGGCUUUCCAACCUGUCAAAUCAAACAUUUUGGAACUGCUCAAGGACAGCUCAAGAUGACAAAUUUGAAGAUACUACUUCUGUCCUUUCCUAUUUAACCGAGGAAGCAGUAAUUGUUCUUUCUUUGAUCUGCGCUUUCGCCAGCCUCAUUGGAAGCGCCGGCAACGCCUUAGUUCUACUGGCGGUCUCGAAAUACGACCACCUUCGGACAAUCCCCGAUCUGUUUAUCGCCAGUUUAGCAUUCUCUGACUUAACAGUAUGCGUGUUGUUUCUGCCGAUGUCCAUUUAUCACUUUCAAUACCCAGAUGCCAAAGACGAAAACGUUUCGUUUUAUUUAGCAAAGAUCUUCUUUGGCCACUUCUCCAUGGUCGCAUCUGCGACAAAUAUGUUCGCAGUAACGAUUGAUCGCAUUUUCGCGCUUCGAUUUCCCUUCAAAUACACAGCAGCAAUGACAAAGAUGCAUGCUCUGGCCGAGAUCGCUAUCGUCUGGGUAAUCUCUCUAACAUUUGGAGCCCUCUACGCGUGUGAAGUCCUCUCGAGUAUUUACGUGGCAUUUUACAGCACUGUCCUGUUGUUUGGCACAAUAGCCAUGUAUAUAUACAUCUUUGUAGUUGCGAAACGCCAAGAGAACAGAAUCCAGGACAUUACUAUGGUAUCUGGGGGCUCAUCAGCGGAAAAAAAGGUGGCCAGGACCAUAUUCACAGUUGUGGGGGUUUAUACCGUAUGCUGGUUACCAAUGCUUUUAUUUCCAGUUAUUGUUAAUCCCUCAACAAAACCAGAACAGUUUGGAAAAGGGUAUUCUUGGGUUCAAACUUUUCUGGCUUGUAACUCGGCAGUCAAUCCUUAUAUUUAUUGUGCAAGGAGCCAAAAAUACCGAAAGGCAUUUGCCGAGAUACUAAAAAUAAAGGGCUUUAAUCGUGACCAGCCCAAGCCAAGUUCCCGGGAAUUAUAAGUAAUUGACCAGAAAAUGCUUUGGUGGGAUAAUAUAUUCGUUAGCCAAGGACGUAUGUUUUAGUCAUUUGCUUCAUUUUGUUAUACAUUGCCACUUCGGCAUGACUGUAGUAUGUAUUAAACCCGUCAGGCUAACUUCGUGACUGUAAAUUUAUCAGAAUAUAUAGGGUUGGGUUACCAAGACGCUGGGUGGCAUACACCACCGUUUGAAUAAAAUACGUCUCCCUUUUAGUUAUCAAUUUACUUGUUUAGAUGUAGUUUCAGAGCUGAGACUUUCCAUUUCAUCAACCCUUUUCACACUUGAGACGGAUAACCCAUAUCUUCAAAGUCCGUCAAAAUUGACGGAAAAACAAGGAUAAGGUCAGGCGGAUUGCCCAUCCAAAAUAAAGCGGACGGUUCCAUUAUUAUCUGUCUGACGCGUAUCCAACUGAUAACCCGUCUC